GACUUCUCACCCCUGCGUGUGUCAGUCUGGAAUUGCCAUGGAGACUGUCACUUGUGUAACAUUGUCACUGCUUCUGUAACGCUGCUGUGCUGUUACCUCCAGCCCUGGGCUCUUCCUCUGUUGGACUACAAGCCCCAGAAUCCUUUGCGAGCAGCAAAAAGCUUCAGUUUGUUUAGUAUCCCCUUCUAUUAGACACACAGGCAGUUAUCUCUCUCUCUCAGCUCUGUUCUAUCUGUCUGUUCUCUAUCUGUCCUGCAUAAACCAGCCCUAAGCCAUUCCAGCUGUUGCAGAACUACAAACCCCCAGCUAAGGUGUUGCUAAAAGGGCCGCAGUGAUACAUAGAGGCAUGAUCUGCAGCCCAGAAUGUCUUAUAAUGAGAAGAAUGAUGCGGCCUUUGCCUACGAGUCUUCGGUGCACAGCAGCAAUGUUCUGCAUCGGCUCAGCAGCCAGAGAGAUCAGGGAGUCCUUUGUGAUGUGACCAUUGUUGUGGAAGAUCAGCGAUUCUUGGCUCAUCGGACUGUGCUCGCUGCCUGCAGUGACUUUUUCUUAUCACGGCUUGUUCAUCCGUGUGAUGCCGAUUUUAUCAUUACGUUGCCUGAAGAGGUAACCGUGAAAGGCUUUGUUCCAUUAUUGCAGUUUGCUUAUACUUCCAAACUCCUUGUCAACAAAGACAACCUGUUAGAAAUCCAAGAAUGUGCAAAGAUUUUGGAUGUCCACGACAUAGAAGAAGCCUGUUUUGAAUUUCUCAAAUUAAAAUAUCUAGACGUCAAAGCCGACCUUCAAGAAUGCCCCCGAAAGAAAUGCUGUAAGUCGUUUUGCCCCAAGGCAAAUGCUCAGCGCCAGCCUGACUCUAGCACCGACAUUGAAAUAAAUGAAGUCGAGGAACUUUGGAGGGCAGCGGAGCUCCCCUCAAAAAUCAAAUGCGCAGUUGAGAUUGAAAACAUAUCCACAGUUUCCGAGAGUCCGAAGAAACCCUGUGAGACAUCCUGCUUUGGUCGGGAGAAUGAUCCCGACAGUUCUGCCCUCUGCCCAAAAUACAGGAAGUUUCAAAAAGCCUUUAAGAGUGACCGGGUUCGAUCAAUAAGCACAUGCUCCAGCAAUCAGGAUACUCCAAGCCCAUUGUCUGUCCAGUCAAGUGAUGCUUCGGAAAAUGUCAUCUUGCCCCAAAGUCAACCUCUAGAAAUGGAAAGCAAUGAUGUAAAUCCGCAGGACAUCAAUGUUACAUACCUCAACCAACCUUGUGAUGAAAAGACAAACAGUAAAGCUGGGUUCCCUCCUUGUUUUCUUCUGGGACAGGAGGAUUUGAACUCUGCAUCAUUUCAAUGUUCAUAUCCGCCCUAUGGAAACUUAAAUUACAACGAGGUGCAUGACCCCACUAUAGACGCUCUGCCCGAGAAGUCAGGCAGUGAACAACAUGUCAGUCCGAGGGCUGAUUUAUCCAACUCCAAGCAGGGAACAGGAUCCGAUUUGUGUAUCCCUGAGGAACGUAGCAAUGUCGAAAGGGAGGUAGCGGAACAUCUUGCAAAAGGCUUUUGGUCUGAUAUUUACAACGGUGAAUUUCAGUGCCAACCGGAAAUAGAAAUGGUGCCUAAUAAAGAGUCACGUGAGGAAAUCAGCGGGGAAAAAAGGCAAGAAUGUCCAUGGCUGAACAUCACCAUCAGUGAAGGCGGGGAGAGGACUUUUACAACUCUGAACUCUGUCUCUUGCCCCUUCAUCAACACCCUCUCCAGUGAAGACUGUGCCAGCAACUCCCAACUCGUGCUGGAGGAAUGCGUUCAGGAGAAACCGCAAGACACGUGUCCAUAUGCGUGUUCCAACAGUCUCGAAGGUGAUUCGGAAACAGACAGCGAGGACGACAGUGGGGAGUCCUGUUCUGCUAAAGAACUGGAAUGUGAGGAAAAACUGCCAUUCAAGGCGCAAAAGAUCAUUUCCCUUUCCCGAUAUGACUUCCAAGCACUGAUUAAAAGGCACAGUCUCACCGCGGAGCAGUUGGACUGUAUUCACGACAUACGCCGGAGAAGUAAAAAUCGUGUAGCUGCGCAGAGAUGUCGCAAGAGGAAACUGGAUUGCAUCCAGGACCUGGAGUUUGAAAUCCGGAAACUGCAAAACGAAAAGGUUCACUUGCUGAAAGAGAGGGACCAGAUAUUAACCACUUUGGGAGAGACCAAGCAAAAUCUGACUGGACUUUGCCAGCAGGUAUGUGGAGAAGCUGCCCUGAGCCGGGAGCAAAUGCAAAUCCUCUCAAAAUAUUCCAGCACCGAGUGUCCCUUCUCCUUUUUAAUCAUGGAAAAGGAUAAAAUGCUUCUUCAAUGUGACUCCAUGUUGCAGGCGUGCCAUGAGUUUGCAGAAGGAUUACCCACUAUGGAGACAGGCCGAAAACCCGAUGUCUGUAACGGCGUUCUUCCAGUACAAACUGCCGCCACCGAAAGCAUUGCAUCAGCCAGUAAUAAUAGCCAGACUGGUAUAACUGAUUUCUGCAAGCAAAUGACUGAUAAAUGCACCACUGACGAGCAAACAUAAACUUGCCACUUUGAAACCUGAUUUGCUUUUAGAGCCGAGAUCUGAAACACCCAAACCCCAUUCAGCCCUUCCAGCGUUGCACCUGCUGAAUGGCGGGAGAGAUGUCAAUGGAGAGAUUGACAUUCAAGGGAAGCAAUAUUUUAUUUUUAACAAUAUAAAAAAGCUUGGGAACGGAGAAGAAGAUCCAAUUUAAGCAUUUAUUUUUAUAUGAAAAUAUCAAAACGGCUGCAAAAUAAUAUUUUUCCUUUUAUUUAAUGUGCAUGAUACAAUGUGCUGCUCUACAAAAAUUCGGCAAAAAUUCCCCUUCUUUCCAAAACCGAUUUCAGUACAGUGCUAAAAUUCUACACGUACACCUUUGAAGUGUGAACUUAAACGAGGCAGGUUGUAUACAUAGCCAUGUAGUUCGUUACUAUAAAUCCAUAGGUUUUGUAACUUUUUAUAUAGAUCAUCAUCAUUUAUUUAUAUAGCUGAAACACGUUUCGCAUCCAUUGGAGUAUGUGUCUUCCCGACGCAUUCUUUGCAAUCAGAUUCUUUCUGGUUUAAUGCAUGAAUAAAAUGCACAUAUAAAGCCCUCAAAAACAUGAUUGAAGGCAUUGGCUAAAUAGGCCUAGACAACCCUUCAUCUGAGGGUAGUCCUCUACUGUUCUUCAAAUAGGGUUAAAACUCAAACUCCAAGGGAUGUGUUUAUCAAAGUUUGAAGUCAGAAAUUGGCGUUUAAUAAACGAAUGCUUUGCCGCUAGUAGUGAAUCAAGUUUUUGUGAUCCUGAAAUCCCAGAUUUCAUGGUUUAUCAUCUAACAACAAACCUAAUCGAUCGGAAAUGUUAUCUCAUCUGUUCCAAUCUACCAAGAUACCACUGAAAUUGGCUAAAUACGCCUAGACAACCCUUCAUCUGAGGGUAGACCUCUACUGUUCUUCAAAUAGGGGUAAAACUCAAACUCCAAGGGAUGUGUUUAUCAAAGGUUGAAGUCAGAAAUUGACGUUUAAUAAACAAAUGCUUUGCCGCUAGAAGCGAAUCGAGUUUUUGUGAUCUCACGAUCCAAGAUUUCAUGGUUUUUUAUCUAACAAACCUAAUCGAUCGGAAAUGUUAUCUCAUCUGUUCCGAUCUACCAAGAUACCACUGAAAUCAAUGGGAAUCAGAUAAUUAAAUUUUGGGAAUUUGAAAUUUGGUUCUCGAAAACUUGAAGUUUUUUCAAGACUUUCUGGGAUUUGAGAAAUUUCCUCCAAAAGUAUAAUUUCUUGAUUGGAAAGCUUUUUUUUUUUUUUAAACAGAUUCAGAUUGGAAUAACUUUGAGAUCAGUUUUUGAUUGGUGCAAAGAAGAUUACUCAUGUGAAUGCAAAAUAAUCACAUUUCAGAAAAAGUGUUUAAAAUCACCUUUUACAGCUUUGCAUUGAAUAAUCCGUUCAGCUCAGAGUAACUUUUAGACGAACUAAGCACAUUUUGAUAUUCUUUUCCUUUGUUUAUUCCUGAGUUUCAUUGUAUUUUUCUUGUCCAUGUAUUAAGCAAGUUCCAUAGAAAUGUAUGAGAGCACAGCUGACAAGUGUCCUGGGUUGCUCACUUUUUAAAUCUAUAAUAAUUUUGUAAUUAUUUGUUCUUUUUAGAAGAAAUGUCAAGCAUUCAAUCCUUA